AUGUCAGAUAGGUCUGAUAGUCCAGACGAUGAUAAUCAGUGUACGUUUGGAGUCGAUAAGACAACGGAAGAACAGGUCGAAAACUGAAAUUUCAGCCCGAAAACGACAUUUGGUUUCGCAGCAAAACGAAUCAAUAACUCCGUCGAAACGGUCGAAAUCGUCAUCUGCGUUCAGCUAUUUCUUCGCUCCGAUCAGCUCGUUUAUCGGAAUGUUUCGCGGAGAAAAAGCGGCAGAAAAGUCAACUUCUCAGCGCGUCUUCGACGUUUCCGACGACGAGUCCGUCGACGAAGAGAUCUUCGUGGUCCCGUCUUCACCGAGAAAAACGGAGGUUCGUCCUGACGGCGAUGAGAUUCCAGCGAAAUAGAGCUUGCAGCCGAGCGGACCCAUCGUUUUCCUGAGUGCAGACAAUGGUAGAUUGGUGGCCGGAGUGGACGAAAACGAGGAAGAUGACGACGUCGUCCUCGAAAAGCACGUUCAGAACAACGUGGAAGUGGCUGACGAUGACAGCGAUGACGACGAUGUUCAAGAGGUUUCCAGAGUACUUUUGCCUUUCAAGCAGACUGAUUUCUUAGAUUGCGCAACCAUCUGUGUCAGAACUGAAGGAGCAGCUGGAGAGAACAUUUGAAGUUCAGCUGGACGAAGAUCAGGAUCUGAGUGUUCAGUUCGUGAAAAUUGUCAAGACUCCAAACAGAGACUUGCAGAAUGCACGACUUUAUCAGAACGAGGUUCCCUUUGCUGUUUAAGCGUCGAAAGAAGUUUCCGUUCUUUUCAGAUAAUUUUCCUGAAUGGAGGCAACAGAGACGCUCCAGAAGAAGAGCGGCCCCUUGACCAGUUCGCCUCCGCUAACGAGCAAGUGUUCGCCUCGCCGACUCCAGACGAGAGUGCCAGUCGCUCAACGACUCCGAAUGACUGGAACUCGAUGUCUCCAUACUCAUCGUCCACGAAAGGCGUUCGUGAUUUCUGGAGACGUUCGGCCGCAAAAAAGUCGGCGACGAAACGAGCUCCGAUGAGGCAGCAUCUGUUCAAUUCGACCGUGGUUCAACGCGUUGGAUUGUCACAGCGACCUAUUCAGAAAGCGUCGAAGGUGAGCGGAUUAUAUUAAUUUGCGAGAUCAAUGUUUUUCAUUCAGCAAAGAGCGCCAGAAGCUGCAUUGGCAAAGUAUGUGGAGUACUUGCAAAAGUGCGGAUAUCUCCAGAAGCCGGAGACCAAAGAUACGUCCCUCAAAUUCACAAAAGGGAAAACGAAGUCGUCGGCAAAUGAUCUGAUAGCAAAAGCCAAACAUGUAACUUUUUGUCGCGGAAAAUAGAGUUAAAUUAUAUUUUUACAGACGAUAUCGGGAAUCCGUUCCUCUCGGAGCAAUACACCAACCUCACUUUCGAGAGAAUCCUCCGUCAUAUUCGAUAGAUCCAUCGCCGGCUCCUCUCGAAAUCAGCCAAAUAACUCUGGAAAUGAGAGUUCGAGAUGCCGAACUCCUUCGACUUCUUCCGAUUACAGUGCACGAAACCCGAAUUACACAGAUAUGCUGUCUCAAAUUGAAAGUCUCGCUCUCCGCUCAUCGGAACGGACAGGACGAUACCAGUCGAUUUACGAGCAGUCGAAUCGAAGAGGAGAGGAGCUGCUGGAAGAGAUGCGGAUCCGGGAAGGCCACAGAGUUCAGACGAAGGAGGAGAGACAGGAAGAAGUGCGGAAGGCGUUGGCGAUGAAGGGGAUCGUGGUGAGACCCAAGGUGGAGAAGACGAAGAAAGACGAGUUCCCCGUGCUCCCCAACUCGGUCGAUUUGCUUAUUGAGAAGGCGUGGUCGAAGGCGCUCAACAAAGAGGAACAGUUCGUUGAUGCUUUCAGCAUUCAAAUCUGUCGGAAGGAUCUGCUGACACUGAGCGGACUGAACUGGCUGAAUGACAAUAUCGUCAACUAUUACAUGCAGUUGAUCUGCCAGAGAAGUGUGGAGAAUUCGAAUUAUCCGAAGAUCUAUGCAUUCAACUCCUUCUUCUACACGAACAUCAUCGAAAAAGGAUACGCGAGUGUGAAGCGAUGGACGCGGAAAGUCGACAUCUUCUCGUAUCACCUCUUGCUCGUUCCCGUCCAUCUCGGAAUGCACUGGUGCAUGGCCGUCAUCGAUGUGGCCGAGAAGCGCAUCGAGUUCUACGAUUCCCUUUACGACGGAAACACCGAUGUGCUGCCAGCUCUAAGGUAUGUUUCAGGCUACUCGGAUUGAAUUAAUGACGGAUUUAAGAAAUUAUAUAUCAUCCGAGUCAAUGGACAAAAAGAAGACGGCGUUUGACUUCUCUGGAUGGACGAUUCAACAGAUGACUGUAUGUUGGUCAGGGGUUGACUCAUAGGUGCGAGAUGUUUGAGAAACGCCAACCCAUUUUUCCGACCUGGCGGUUGAAUUGAAAUUUCCGAACCAGCGGCAACGAUAAGACCCCCCCCCCUGCGGAAAAGGAUAAAACAUUUUUCAAAAAAUGUUCAGGUAUCCUAGUAGAUUCAAAUGAGUGGAAACUGAACGACUAUAGCCCAUGGAUGUAAUUCAGACAGUUAGAACACCUUCACAACCUGUUACAGUCUGGGUAAAUUGAGCAGCCUCACGGUUUUUUUCGAACCAGGCCCCUCUCACUCGCCUGUUCCGAACUGCCGGCGCUCAACUCAAAACACCUAUGGGUUUACUUUGUUUUGACUGUGAUUGCUUGGGACUGAUGGACACGCGAUAAACAUCCGGUUUGCAGGACAUUCCCCGCCAGAAGAACGGCAGCGACUGCGGCGUUUUCUCGUGUCAGUUUGCCGAGUGGGCUUCUCGGAGGACACUGCCCGGAUUCACGCAACAGCACAUGCCCUAUUACCGCAAACGAAUGGUCCAUGAGAUUGUGACGAAGAAGCUGCUGGCAACGAUUUGA